UUUUUCGUCUAUUUCUUCUGCAAUUUGAAACGGCUUGGGCUUUCAAAUCCCCUUCCCUCUCUCCUACAACUUUACUCAGCAACAACUCUUCCCACUCUGAAAACCCUAAAAUCUCACUUGUUUGUCGUUUACCUCUCCAACAGCCCAAUCAAGCGAUGACAUCUGUCCAUCCGCCCCCGGCACCAGGGCGCGAGCUAUCCAACCCUCCGACGGACGGGAUCUCGAACCUCCGAUUCUCCAACCACAGCGAUCACCUACUCGUCUCCUCAUGGGAUAAGACUGUGAGAUUGUACGAUGCAAGCGCCAACUCGUUGCGAGGAGAGUUCAUGCACGGUGGGCCAGUACUCGAUUGCUGCUUCCACGAUGAUUCCUCUGGGUUCAGUGCCAGUGCUGAUAAUACCGUUAGGAGGAUAGUGUUCAGCCAUGGAAAGGAGGAUAUUUUAGGUAGACAUGAUGCUCCUGCGCGUUGUAUAGAGUACUCUUAUGCAGCAGGACAAGUUAUCACAGGCAGUUGGGACAAGACAUUGAAAUGUUGGGAUCCAAGAGGUGCAAGUGGGCAGGAGCGCACUCUUGUUGGCACAUACCCACAACCUGAGCGUGUUUACUCCUUAUCUCUUGUUGGAAAUCGUUUAGUUGUGGCAACUGCAGGAAGGCAUGUAAAUGUUUAUGACUUGCGAAAUAUGUCUCAACCUGAGCAACGUAGGGAGUCUUCAUUGAAAUAUCAAACUAGAUGUGUGAGAUGUUAUCCAAAUGGAACAGGAUAUGCUCUUAGUUCAGUUGAAGGUCGAGUUGCAAUGGAGUUCUUUGAUCUCUCAGAGGCCAGUCAAGCCAAAAAGUAUGCCUUUAAGUGCCAUCGGAAAUCCGAGGCUGGACGAGACAUUGUAUAUCCAGUAAAUGCCAUUGCAUUUCAUCCUGUCUAUGGUACAUUUGCAACUGGAGGUUGUGAUGGUUUUGUUAAUGUGUGGGAUGGAAACAAUAAGAAGAGGCUGUAUCAGUAUUCAAAGUACCCAACAAGCAUUGCUGCUCUUUCAUUCAGCAGAGACGGGCGACUGUUGGCUGUGGCAUCAAGUUACACAUUUGAAGAGGGGGAUAAGCCACAUGAACCAGAUGCCAUCUUUGUACGUAGCGUAAAUGAAAUUGAAGUCAAGCCAAAACCAAAAGUAUAUCCUAACCCUCCAGCAUAGCUGAUUAAGGACCUUUAUGUAUUCUAUGGUAAUUUGAAACGUGUAAUAUGUUAAAUAAUCUGCAAGGCUUCAGAGAAUGGUCUGAACUUCAAUGUGGAAAAUAAAUUUUGAAGCACAGGCUAGAACUUUUACCUUUUUCUUCACAUCAUUGUGAUUUUAUUAUAACUAUACUGGAGUUGCUACUGUUGUUUUUCUUCCACUUUCUGCUGAAAAAUGUUACUAGUUGACUUGUAUCUUACAAUUUGUCUGUUAUAGGUCAUCUUUCGAGAUUGAUUCUUAGGGAUUUUAUCUAUCCUCUCAAUUCCAAAAACUCAAAUCGAAAAUUUCGUGCCCAAAAAUUUGGUUUUGUUCAUCUCAGAAGUUUGUGAAACUUAUUAAGUUGACAACACAACAUGGUAAUAAAUGUCUAUCCUAGCAGAAAAUCCCUAGUCCAUCGUCCUCGUCACUCUACAAGCCUUUGUUCUUCUCUUGCAAGGGGGUUCUCGAACUAAACUGAUUAUUAAUGAU